GUCUCGUGAACUAUUAAUUAACUGAAUCUGUAGUAACUCGCUGCCUCAAAGUGAAUCGCUUCUAUACAAUAAGAGGUGAAGUGCUGCUAGGUAAUACCCAACGCUUACUCUACAAGCUUCCUAAUGCUGAUGAAGUACUGUUGGUAAAGAUGGAGAUAUAGAAAAAACAGAGUGUGACUUUAUUUCUAUUUUCGUUGAAAUUAAACUUAUGGGAGAAAUGGAGACCAAGAGAUAUAUUUUGUUCACCUUGGCCACCAUGGUUGUGGUAGUGAAUGGUCAUGCAAUAGCCGGAGUGUUUCCUACCCUCUGCUUAGAAAAUCAGGAUCCAGGACCCUGCUUGGCCUUCAUUCCUUCCUACUACUACAACCCAAGUUCAAAAAGCUGCGAUUGUUUCGUCUACGGUGGGUGUGAAGGCAACGCCAACAGAUUCCACACCUUAGAGCAGUGUAUGGAUACUUGUAGUGUUGUACCCAGCCAGCAGAAAAACACGAUCAAUUGUGACAAGAUCCUGAAGACAUCAAACCCCCUAGCAGAGAGACGAAGGCCGACCCAGUUUGGACCACAGAUUCAGCAUGGCACACACAGCCAGUUAGAAAUCCGACAGACACCUAACUUCUGUCUCGAGCACACAGAUCCAGGGCCGUGCCGGGCAAUCAUCCCUUCCUUCUAUUACAACCCUAAGACCAAAGCCUGUGACUGUUUCGUCUACGGAGGGUGUGGAGGUAACGGCAACAAUUUCCAUAACCUACGGCGGUGUAUGGAGUCGUGUGGUGUCGCUACCAGCCACCAGAAGAACACGGCCAGUUGUACUAACCUCCUUGGUGAAUCCAACCCGCUGGCGAAGAGGGAAGUGGUGGACCAAAGCGGCUCACAGAUUCUACAGACCUUAGAGCCCCAGCAGAAAUCUCAGCAGAAAUCAAAGCCUAAGCAGGAAACUCAGCUGACAUCAGAGCACAAACAAGAAUCUCAGCAGACGACAGAACUCCCCAAGGAAACUCAGCGGACGACAGAGCCUCAGCAGGAAACUCAGCAGACGACAGAGCUUCCCAAGGAAACUCAGCAGACGACAGAGCCUCAGCAGGAUACUCAGCAGAUGUCAGAGCCUCAGCAAGAAACUCAGCAGACGACAGAGCCUCAGCAGGAAACUCAGCAGAUGUCAGAGUCCGAGCAAGAAUCUCAGCAGACGACAGAGCUUUCCAAGGAAACUCAACAGAUGACAGAGCUUCCCAAGGAAACUCAGCAGACGACAGUGCUUCAGCAGGAAACUCAGCAGAUGUCAGAGGCCAAGCAAGAAUCUCAGCAGAUGACAGAGCUUCAGCAGGAAACUCAGCAGACGACAGAACUUCCCAAUGAAACUCAGCAGACGACAGAGCCCAAGCAAGAAUCUCAGCAGAUGACAGAACCUCAGCAGGAAACUCAGCAGACGACAGAGCCUCCGCAGGAAACUCAGCAGAUGACAAAGCCUGAACAACAAUCUCAGCAGGCGACAGAGCUUCCCAAGGAAUCUCAACAGAUGACAGAGCCUCAGCAAGAAACUCAGCAGGUUCCUAACCUCUGUUUCGAUCCUCCAGUAACGGGACUCUGCCGUGCCCACUUCCCUCACUUCUACUUCAACAGUGAGACACAAACCUGUGACUGUUUCGUGUACGGUGGGUGUGGCGGUAACGACAACAAGUUCUCCACGCUGGAAGAAUGCCUCACUACUUGUGGUGGUCAACCCAGCCAACAGCACAAUACCGAAAGUUGUGACAAAAUCCAUGGAAGUCAAAACCCACUAGUGAACAGAGAACCGUUGGUUAAUGUCACCUUGUUGCCUGAGACACAGCAAAUGAUUCAGGAAACACAAGAGCCACAACAACUGACUCAGGAAACACAAGAGCCACAACAACUGACUCAGGAAACACAAGAGCCACAACAACUGACUCAGGAAACACAAGAGCCACAACAACUGACUCAGGAAACACAAGAGCCACAACAACUGACUCAGGAAACACAAGAGCCACAAAUAAGUAGAGCACAAGAGUGGAGAGAAACUCAACAACCCCAACAACCAACUGAGGAGGAGACGCAACAGUCGGCAGUCGCGACACAAACGCUGGGAAGGGAAAACAAGGAAGAGGAGUCAACAGGGAGCCACGGGGUAACGAGCCAAAAGUUUGGUUCCUCAGUAAUCCGUGCUGGAUCAAUCUACGUGGGCAAGCCAGUCUCUAUCCCCGGCUUCCUCCCUACUGUUGGUAAAGAUGGAGAUAUAGAAAAAACAGAGUGUGACUUUAUUUCUAUUUUCGUUGAAAUUAAACUUAUGGGAGAAAUGGAGACCAAGAGAUAUAUUUUGUUCACCUUGGCCACCAUGGUUGUGGUAGUGAAUGGUCAUGCAAUAGCCGGAGUGUUUCCUACCCUCUGCUUAGAAAAUCAGGAUCCAGGACCCUGCUUGGCCUUCAUUCCUUCCUACUACUACAACCCAAGUUCAAAAAGCUGCGAUUGUUUCGUCUACGGUGGGUGUGAAGGCAACGCCAACAGAUUCCACACCUUAGAGCAGUGUAUGGAUACUUGUAGUGUUGUACCCAGCCAGCAGAAAAACACGAUCAAUUGUGACAAGAUCCUGAAGACAUCAAACCCCCUAGCAGAGAGACGAAGGCCGACCCAGUUUGGACCACAGAUUCAGCAUGGCACACACAGCCAGUUAGAAAUCCGACAGACACCUAACUUCUGUCUCGAGCACACAGAUCCAGGGCCGUGCCGGGCAAUCAUCCCUUCCUUCUAUUACAACCCUAAGACCAAAGCCUGUGACUGUUUCGUCUACGGAGGGUGUGGAGGUAACAACAAUUUCCAUAACCUACGGCGGUGUAUGGAGUCGUGUGGUGUCGCUACCAGCCACCAGAAGAACACGGCCAGUUGUACUAACCUCCUUGGUGAAUCCAACCCGCUGGCGAAGAGGGAAGUGGUGGACCAAAGCGGCUCACAGAUUCUACAGACCUUAGAGCCCCAGCAGAAAUCUCAGCAGAAAUCAGAGCCUAAGCAGGAAACUCAGCUGACAUCAGAGCACAAACAAGAAUCUCAGCAGACGACAGAACUCCCCAAGGAAACUCAGCGGACGACAGAGCCUCAGCAGGAAACUCAGCAGACGACAGAGCUUCCCAAGGAAACUCAGCAGACGACAGAGCCUCAGCAGGAUACUCAGCAGAUGUCAGAGCCUCAGCAAGAAACUCAGCAGACGACAGAGCCUCAGCAGGAAACUCAGCAGAUGUCAGAGUCCGAGCAAGAAUCUCAGCAGACGACAGAGCUUUCCAAGGAAACUCAACAGAUGACAGAGCUUCCCAAGGAAACUCAGCAGACGACAGUGCUUCAGCAGGAAACUCAGCAGAUGUCAGAGGCCAAGCAAGAAUCUCAGCAGAUGACAGAGCUUCAGCAGGAAACUCAGCAGACGACAGAACUUCCCAAUGAAACUCAGCAGACGACAGAGCCCAAGCAAGAAUCUCAGCAGAUGACAGAACCUCAGCAGGAAACUCAGCAGACGACAGAGCCUCCGCAGGAAACUCAGCAGAUGACAAAGCCUGAACAACAAUCUCAGCAGGCGACAGAGCUUCCCAAGGAAUCUCAACAGAUGACAGAGCCUCAGCAAGAAACUCAGCAGGUUCCUAACCUCUGUUUCGAUCCUCCAGUAACGGGACUCUGCCGUGCCCACUUCCCUCACUUCUACUUCAACAGUGAGACACAAACCUGUGACUGUUUCGUGUACGGUGGGUGUGGCGGUAACGACAACAAGUUCUCCACGCUGGAAGAAUGCCUCACUACUUGUGGUGGUCAACCCAGCCAACAGCACAAUACCGAAAGUUGUGACAAAAUCCAUGGAAGUCAAAACCCACUAGUGAACAGAGAACCGUUGGUUAAUGUCACCUUGUUGCCUGAGACACAGCAAAUGAUUCAGGAAACACAAGAGCCACAACAACUGACUCAGGAAACACAAGAGCCACAACAACUGACUCAGGAAACACAAGAGCCACAACAACUGACUCAGGAAACACAAGAGCCACAACAACUGACUCAGGAAACACAAGAGCACAACAACUGA